GAGGCCUCCACAUCACCAGCUCAGCUUYCCAGCACGGAGAGCAGCUGACCUUGGUCUGUACGCUGUGGCACAAGAGAGAAGAAGCCGAGGGGUUCAUCGUGUUUUUGUGCAAAGACCGAUCUUGGAACUGCUCCUCUGAGGUCAGCCUGAAGCAGCUGAGACCCAAGAGGGAUCCCGAGGUGGACGAUGUCGGUGACAAGUCCUCUCAGCUGGUGUACACCAUCAACAGAGUCACACCAGCCGACAGCGGGACCUACCAGUGCUGUGCCAGGAGCCAGAAACUGGGCCUGCACCUUCAAGGCCGUUUUUUCUCUGUUGUAGUCACAGAGACAGGGAACUACACGGUGACAGGACUGAAACUGAGAACGCACCCCGAGGUCAGCCCGAGUGGAGGCGCCCUCAGCUCAGGUCUCCCACAGGAAAAGCCGUGGCUCUGGCUCUUCACAAGCCUGGUGGCCUUCCGAGGUAUGUUCAUGAGCAGGGGAGUGCUGUGCCUCUGCUGCCUUGGCUUUCUCCAGGAGGGGGAGGGAGAUGUUCCUGGGGCCCUGGCUAUCAACGGAGUCCAAGGUCCUGAAAACGCCCCAAGCUGGCAGUGGUGACGCGCCUCUGAUCCCAGUGACUUGCAGGCUGAGGGAAAGGGAGCAAGUUCAAGGCAGCCGGGCAGCUUAGUGAGACCACCUCAAAAAUUCAGAAAGUAGGGCUGGGGAUGUGGCUCAGUAAGAUUGGGAAUCAUCAAAUUCUCACACAGAAUAUCGUUUCAUCUUUGAAGAAUGAAUGUGAUAUUCAUGCACUUAACAAAUAAGGAAGUGAUACAGAAAUGAGAAUCCUGUACUUUUUAAGGGUUGUUUGUUCAUAAG